AUGGCCAUUUUUGAUUUGAUGGUUUUUGUGGAGAUUUGGAAGGUUUUGAAAAACGGAGACCGGGGGCACCAGGGGCAGGGCCAGGGGCGCCAGGUGAACCGUGUGAUACGCCAUGGGAUCUGCUUUCCUCUUCAUGACGACUCUCGUGGCGACGUUGGGCCGCUGAUGGGCGGCGGAUUCGGAAUGCCAUCACCCGCUGUAUUUCGGCUACAAGCAGCAUUUGCCUUCAGCUUGGUUCUGAAUUCGGACAGCCCAGCUUCCACUACAACCGAUGGCCAUUUGGAGCCUGUAGGGCUGAUUGGUUGCAUUGUGCCGUCCGCCUCCUUAGAGCAGCAUGUCCCUUCCACUCUGGUUGAGCCGGCGGCAGCCACAGGCAGCACCGAUGAGCAUGCCGAACUGACGCAUGAAGUUGUGGGAAGCCCGCUCAUGUGGUCCACUAGGUACAGUAACCAGUAA